UGUUUACUUCCCGUGUUGAAUUAUUGCCCUAAGAAAAAUAGUGCAGAGGUUGUUUGUUUCUGUAAGUCAAUUUAUUGCGUCGAAUGUUAUACGGUUCAUAUCUAUAAGUAAGAAACAAUGAACUAUAUGUACGUAAGACUACUGGUUUUAUCAUAUGAUGGAUAUUAUUCGAGUUGGCUCUUCGCCAUGAACGCGUAGCAAUAUUUUGAUAUAUAAACAACAUCGUAACGUGUUGAUAUUACGCACACAAGAUUUUCGUAGAGAAGAAGUGGAAGGCUAUCGGGAUAUUUUGUUGAAUUUUUCUGCGUUUUUGUCGUAAAUCAGUUAGAUAUCGCUGGAAUCACUUAAAUUUAUUAACCAUGUGUGUCUAAACGUUAGGGGUAGGUGCCCCUCGUGAACUGCACAAACAAGCUUCAACAUUUAAAGAACUGUUCCAAUUAGGACUGAUUCGACUUCACGUUUUUGGAAUUGAAUAUUUGUAAACAACAUGGGCCUUACAUCACCAGUUGCAAAGUCCUUUGUUGCCGGGUGUUGCAGUGGAACGUGCUCCACCCUUUUGUUCCAGCCACUGGAUUUGGUUAAGACCAGACUCCAAAUCCAGGUACCACUGGCCUGUGCAACCACAGGUGGCAGGAUAAGUAUGGUGUCUGUAGCGAAUGCUGUAGUCAGACAGGACAGCGUGUUGGCACUCUGGAGGGGACUUGUACCGUCUCUGUCCCGAUGUGUCCCAGGAGUAGGAAUAUAUUUCUCAUCCAUUCAUGUGCUGAAAUCUAAAUUCCAAUCAAGCCAACAACGUGCAAUUGAAUCCGUCUUAAUUGGGGCAGUUGCUCGAACCAUUGCAGUUGUAACCCUUAUUCCCAUCACAGUGUUGAAAACGCGUUAUGAGAGUGGUUUAUUUGACUAUAAAAGUAUUCCAAGGGGACUUUUCCACAUGUACCACACCGAGGGCCUGAGAGCUCUUUGCAGUGGAAUGGCACCAACACUUGUCAGAGAUGUACCAUUUUCAGGAAUUUACCUCAUGUUUUACACCAAGUUGAAGAAGAUGGUCAACGAAAGGGUGUUUGAUCAAACCCUUGUUCAUCAGCUGUACGUUGUGUGCGGUUUAACUGCUGGAAGUAUUGCGGCGGUCAUCACUCAACCAGCAGAUGUUGUCAAAACAUACAUGCAGAUGGACUCGAAGAACCACAAGAGAAUUAUGUCGACCAUCAGAUACAUCUACAAGACAAAUGGAUACCAAGGCUUUUUUAAGGGCAUCGUUCCAAGGACCCUUCGAAGAACUUCGACCGCAGCCCUUUCUUGGACUGUGUAUGAAACGUUAUCAAGAAAAGUAGGCCUGACUUAGAGAAGAAAUUUUAUGUGAACAGUUAAUAGUGUAUCUUUAUACGUAAAAUGGUAUUUGAAUACACAUAAUUUUAUACUAUGAUGGUACUACAUUGUGACUAUGGACACAAUAUUAGUUAAUAUGUUCCACUUGGAUUUUACAUGAAUGCAUUGGUAUGAAAGUGUCUGAAUGUAGUUAUCAAUGUGAGAUGGUGUGGUGUUUCAUUUUUAUCCAUUCUUCAUGUUUAUUCCUAUGGAAUACAUAAUAAAACAUGAGUAAAUUUUGAA